GAGCAAUCCCAUGAUACAUCGGGCGUUGCGCCUUCUUUGUGAACAUACUAGCUAACAGUUUAAUAGUCGAUUAAUACACCUAUGUUUUGACGCUUACCAAGGGAACGAAGAAAACACCAGAAUUCAUAAUGAAAUCAGCAAAAAUUAUGUGGAAACUGUGCCUGAGCAUGUUAAUCAUAUAUUUGGUGUUUAAAUAUUUCCACAUAUAUGUCACCGAGUCACCAAUAGCAUAUUCAGUACCUGAUAAAUGCCAAAAGCUCCCGUCAUCUAUACAUGCCAAUGAUGAAAUAACGAAUGAACAAAAACAAAAUAUAAGAAAGUCGGUGAAGGAAUGUUUUCCUCAUGACAUGACGUUCCUUGUAUACAACAAUAACGUAAGUCCAUCAAGUAUGAAUUUUAAGCAAGGAUUUAGCAUCACAGAAUAUAUCUCAAGUUUACUUUCUUAUACUGGAACUGCAGCAAAUAGCAUUAGUAAAAUGAAUUUUGAAAAAAUGAACUUGCAGAGAGACUGUGCGAUUAUUGGCAACGGAGGAAUACUAACAGGAAGCAACUGCGGAAAAAAUAUUAAUAAACAUGACUUUGUGAUCCGCUCGAAUCUCGCCCCGAUCGAAAACUAUGAGGAAGACGUCGGUGUAAAGGCGAACAUCACUGUCCUGAACACCUCAAUAAUAAAACAAGUUACCAAUACGAUCAAUCAGAUAAAUGGUUCUCAAGGAGAUAAAUUUCUCAGACGGAUCCGAUACUUGAAUAAUUCAAUUCUGUGGUAUAGUAAAGAUACCCGAGUAAAAUUCAAAACAAAUAAUAAAUUACUGACUCUCAUUAAGCUUCUAAAAGACAAAUAUAAGCUUGGAAUCCGAUUUGCUUAUAGCUGGAAGAGCGUCGGACCACUGGUACAAUGGUUCUGGGACAUUGAUGUUCGACACCCGACAACUGGUCUUAACAUGUUCACCGUGGCUGCCUCUCUCUGCAAUAGUACCACUCUCUAUGGAUUCUACCCUUUCUACAAUGAUACAAAAGGAAAUCCGUUGCAGUACCAUUAUUAUGACAAAAGGAAUGUGAACCUCCAGGCGCACAAAACACAUAAUAUGCCGAGAGAGUACGAGUUGCUAAAGAAACUUAACCAGUCUGGAUUUUUGAGUCUCGUGACUGAUUGUGGACAAUGAAGAUUUGACGAUAUGGAGUGCGAUAUCGCUCAGUAUUCGGUUCCUGAACGGCUAUGGAGUGCGAUAUCGCUCAGUAUUCGGUUCCUGAACGGCUAUAGAGUGCGAUAUCGCUCAGAAUUCGGUUCCUGAACUCAAGGCAAUUCAACAGAAGGACGCACAUCUCGGGACAUCAAAGAUUAUAAUUCUGGCAUCGACAUUCUAGGCGCACGUGCGUCCCUACACGCUGAACGUCACAAAACCAUAGCAACCAGCCAUAAA